AUGUCCGCGAAAGAAGAGCAACGGGACUAUAUCUUCAAAAGGGAUUACAGAUCUUCCAUGCGCUUGAAUUACAACCACUUUUUGAUCAAAGAAGUCUGUGGAUACCUCGUGCACCCAAGUAUCCCGACAAAUCAGACAAAAUUGCGAAUCGCAGAUGUGGGUACAGGUACUGGGAUUUGGGCCUGUGACUUAGCCAGCAAGCUACCCGAGACUGUACGCAUCGACGGAUUUGAUAUUCCUGAUGCCCAGUACCCCGCACCGGGAUUCCGACCAAAGAAUGUACACCUGUAUGUUCACGAUGGAUUUGAAGAGUAUCCAGCCGAGUUUCUGGGGCAGUACGACAUUGUCAACGCUCGGUUUUGGCAGUGUAUAGUCAACGAUCCUGAUGCGAAGCCGUUGCUGAAAAAGCUGCUAUCCCUACCUGGCGGCUAUCUACAAUGGCUGGAGCCUCUGCCUCUAUCAGCAAACGUCGUCGUGACACACGAAGGUGCAGAAACUAUAGCAUCAGAGCGACUUGCGAACACUUUCCAUAAACCCAGCCAGACAGCAGUAUGUUGGGUUGAGGGUCUCAAAUCUCUUUUCGAAACAGAAGGCCUCACAGACGUGUCCCGUACUGAUUAUCCUUUUCCUAAUUAUCUUCGUCCUCUUUGGUCACAGAGCUCCAUGGCAACCACUGCAGAUGUCAUGGCAAAGAUCGAUAGUUACAACACAAAAGGUUCCGGUAUCGGGAUGAAAUUUGUUGAGGACUUGGAGAGAGAAAGUGCAAAUGGAGUUGCUGUGGACACACCGUUCCAGUGUGUCGUUGACGCAAAGCUUCGGAACGAUUUUAUAUUUACAUGA